AUGUCAACCGCCGUGUUCAUACCAAAGCACGCUCCUAACCAAGCAACAGGGAAACGACCAUCCUGGCAACCAUUAAAGGCGUUGGCUGCCAGGGCUGAUGGUAAAAAUCGCCUCUUCUAUAUCCACGACCGCAACAACAACCUCAAAUUUCUGGUCGACACAGGCGCGCAGAUCAGCGUCAUACCGCUGAGCAACUGUAGCAAGUCGGUAACGACACCCAAGAAAGCUCUACUAAAAUUGCAAGCCGCCAACGGCACACCCAUUAUCACAUACAGCGGGCGCAUUGUGUCCUUCAACAUCGGCCUAAGAAGGGAAUGUACCUGGACCUUCACGAUAGCCGAUGUUGAGACGCCAAUCCUCAGAGCGGAUUUCAACUUGUCUGUCGAGCUAUCUUCACGCACACUUACCGACACGCGCACUAACCUACAACGCCGCGGGGCAUUGUCUAGGCAUUCAACGAUCGGUUUGACCGCGCUAAUAACGGGAGCGAACAGUUACGAGGGUCUACUCUGA